ACUGUUCAUUCUCAGUUUGUGCAAAAAAUUUAUACUACAUAGUGCAAAUUAACAGCGAUGUCUUCUCCUCCGAUUGAUAACCGUUAUCCAGCGUUUGAGUCACCGGAAAAUAAGGACGGCGCUCCGCUGUAUCACAGCACAGAUGGGUUUAUCCCGCUUGGCUUCAGCACACCGCAACACAGGAGUUCGACACAAAAAGACCACUCCAACCGCAAAUAUUACUCUGCUCAGCCAAAGUACAUGUUGCCGCGAGAAAAGGGACACCGCAACCGCGGUCGCUUUCAGCAACACUCGCAAGGCGGUACAGGUCCUCUCGAAAAAUCGUCUCCUGGAAGCGAAGACAGUCGUAGUUUUGGUUCCCAUCAGGAGCAACACCACAGACAUGCUAACAAUCGCAACUGGAAACAGCACGGUUAUCAGCAACGCCAUAGGCAACAUCAACAUCAACAAAAGAGAAAUAGAUUCGGUUUUGGCCAUCAGGGUAACGAUAAUAGUAACGAUGACGUUAGAGACUAUUUCCAUCCCUCGAUGUUAGAGGACCCUUGGGCACAUUUAGAGCAAAAAUCGCAGCAUGAGCCGGCGGAUUGCGAUUCAAGCGAUGCCGCAGAUAGGGAAGGGGAUGCUGCUGCUAGUGAUGUGGGAGAAGAAUGAAACGCUCGAACAAGUACCUGCUGUAUGAUUAUUUGAAAC